AUGAGUUUCCCGUCUGUGAAAGCUUUGCGACGGCACCCAGAGGCCAAGACCCUGCUCAAUUUGAUCUUCGGGUCAGAUACUACAUUCAGUAACGGCGAUCUGAAAGGUUUCGAGAAGCAGCCCGAGGAUGCGCAUAUAUUUUGUGAUAUCCAACCACAUCUUCUCAGCCUCACGAUCGAAGUUCACGAUCUUGCAGAACUCGAGCUGCAGAGGUCUUGGGUCGAAAUGGUGCCUCAGAACAACAACAUGAGGGCACAAGAAGACAUAAUGAGGCUCUUUUCAGCAAUAUGGCAAUAG